GUCCUUCUACAACUACACCGCUCAUGCAUGAGUGAUGAGACACUUUGGGCUAGUCCGUCAUGGGCUAAGACGAGGGCCGACCCGGACCCGGACCCGGAGCCGGAGUCGGAGAAUGGCGAUGCCGAGAGAGUUGCCAGGAGGAGCGGAACCAUGUCGGGAUUGACGAUGGUUCGAAUAGCACGUUUCUAGAGGUCAUGUGGGAUGAUACAGGGAAGGCUUGGCUUUUAAUCAGUAGGGUCCGCAGCUAGUGUUAGUAGACUGAGACCUGCCAUGGACCUAGCUCUACAGCCGACAAGUUUUCGAUCAUGUGGUCCCAGAUGAAUCGGAUUUCUAUCUACAUCCCAAGAAGAGAAGAUAAAGGGGACAAACGACUACUGGUGGGUACUAAGGUCCAGAUUAUCCACCAAUGUGUGUCCCCAG